GGGCGAGCCGGUAAAGCCUCGUGGAAAGAAGCAGUUGUUGAGAUGAGACUAGUAACGUCUAUUCAUGCCAGAGUAUACAUUGCCCAGCCGGGUCAUACUUAGUCAAAUAUCGGACCGGCGCAUUCUCCCAUUCGGACCGACCCCAUCAACCACUACAGUACUACCAAACCUACAUGUACCUCCAUCUGCAUCACCACCCGAAAAAAAUUGUUCGACAAUCUACUUUCCAACGACAAACAUCCAUCAUUGUUCUAGUGGCCUCCAGACCAUGUCGCAAAUCCCUAUUCCCACCGGUCUUCAAGAGGACUCGUUAGAGCACACAAUCGAAAUUCUCGCCAAGCAAUUCAACGACGAUGCGUUUCAACGCUACAUUCUUUUAGAUGAACUACAAGGAUCAGAAAAAACCGACAUAGGAGUUGAGUUGAAUCAAGAGGUUUUUGGAUUUGUAGUACCGGAUUUCCUCAAGGGCGGAGCAAGGAUGAUCACAAUUCCUGGAAGUGGUGUGGCUAGUGUGUGGCAACUAGAAGAAAUCACAGAAACAUACACCCCGGAGCCGCACAACCCACCCGCUGUGACCGAACUUAACUCACUGGCCCACCACGCAAGGCAGCGCGCUCUACCACCUCAAGCAACUCACGUGCUACAUCUAGUCCUGGUAGCAAAUGACCGCAGUCAUCCUUCCGCUACCACGCCAGCCAAAGUGAGUGAUCUCAUUCGUCCGGUACUUGACAUGGCAAAGGAAAAAGGUUGGCCAGUGGUCUUGGAGUCGACAUCACCCAGGAGUAGGGACGUGUAUGCGCAUUUGGGAUUUCAGAUUCUGGAGGAGAUCACAGUGGGAAAGGGAAAGGUUGAUGGGGAGGGAAGAGGGAAGGAUGGCGGUGAGGGAGUUUUGCUGUGGGCUAUGAUGAAGUGUUAAGGGGUGAUGUAUGUACCUGAAACUCUCCUCGGUAUGUGCAGCACUGAUAUUGCACGUUUACUACGCUCCGCUUGUAGAUCGAUCGGGUGGCUAUGGAGUUACUGUGGUAUCAGGGGGUCUUGCUAAGUGCAAGGACCCGUAGGAAUCGUAUCGAGGUAUAAGCUGUUGUAUCAGCAUUAGUGAUACGCUUGGGAGAUACCUCGACCGUUUCUCCACUUACACAAAUCAACCGUAGAGCGAUUGAUAAGUCCUCCAUAUGAAGCAGGCAAGCA